GUCUCGUGUAUUUGAUAGUACAAUUUGUAUCAGCAUUAACGUUGACUAAAAUGAUACGGAUAUAAUGCUGUUGCAAUUCAGUUUGAUUUUAUUGUUAAAAUUGCUGGCAUUUUAUUAUAAAUAUGGAGAGGCGACAACAACAGACUUCCACACAACCGACAUGACGUCGAGCGCGACCAUAAUUACCGUGACGGACAGCUCGUCGGAAGCCCUUACAUCCGGUACGCAACCAGCGCCGACGACCCAAGCUCUCCCCCAGCCGUCGACGACUCCCGCCAACACGAGCUCUCGUACUGGGGACGCGGGCGCGAUGAAUCUCUCGUGCUACGACUGCAGCGAGGCGUUCAGUAAGAUAUGGACGCCGUACACUGAGUGCCAGUACUACCCCCAACUGACUCCUCUUCGCCCAUGCACUGUCAAUGACAGAUACUGCAAGGUAGAAAGAGUGACCUAUAAAGACCGCACUGUACACAUAACACGCGGCUGCACGGACGAAUGCUGGUACGGUUGCUUUCCUUCCGGUUUUGGUAUGACCACCUACAGAUGUACGUCAUGUUGCCGGUCAAAUGGAUGCAAUGUGGGAAAUGACGUCACGAUGUUAGUGCCCAAUAUAAACGUGAUGACAUUAGCAGUGAUUUAUGUGAUCCUUGGCAGAAUUAUUUAUUAAGUUUAAAACUUAAUAUGUUUGAUGUAAUGCUUUAUGCGAAAAUUACAAACACAUUUACACUAAAAUUAUGUUCCCUUUUUGUGAGAAGAAUUUGGAAAUACGCGUGCGUGUUUUCGUUUACUAAACAUUUGCUUUGUAAGUUCACGAAAGCACGACGUCCUCAUGUUGACUUUUUGUGAUCUCUUUCUGUCGAAUGCCGUAGCAUUUAGGUCAAAAAUACAAAUACGCCAACAGCUAAAAAUAGAUAUAUCACCGCGAUGACAAAAUUGUUUCCGCUGUGACAAUUUGUCACUGCGGUAACAAUUUUGUCACCGCGGUGAUAUCUAUUUUGUCAAAGAGGUAACAAUUUUGUCACAGCGGUGACAAGUUAUUACUGUAUGUAUAUUUUUAUGCCUGCUGUUACAUUUAUUUGUUUGGGUCAGUUUUCAACCAAUCAUUUUCCCCGUAACAUACCGAGAUUUUUUUCGUGAUACAUGAUUAAUAAUUUUACAGCUUAAGUUCGACACACUUUCUUAUUAAAUUUAUGUGGAAAUGCUUAUCGAUAAAUGAUUAUGUCAUUGUACCUUAAUUGUCGUCAUCCUUGUGCCGGAAGAUUAAAAUUACAAAACGCAUGGUCCACGGAGCGUAUAGAGUCCGUGCAUGGUCUGAACGCCAAUGUUCUACAGUAAUCCAUGGAGGCAGACAUCUAGAUAAUUCCGCAGUAAAUUAUCGCCUAUUUGCCGUUUUGGAAGACGUAUUUUCAUUGGUCGGUUUGAUUUAGCUCUUAUCAAACUCUUUGGGUAAGACAAAGUAUCACCGCAGUUACAAAUAUAUUUCCGCAGUGAUACAUUUAUUACCACAGUGACAAAAUUGUCACCGCGGUGAUAUCUGUUUUUAGCUGUUGGCGUAUAUGUACUUUUGACCCAAAGGAUACGUCAUACUGUCCGUCGUCAACAUAUACCUUGUUAACACUCUAGACACAACAUAUACAUUUCCCAAUCUUUAUUAAGCUUGGUAAGAACAUUUGUCCCAAUAGUAUUCUUGUCGAGUUCGAAAUUAUUAACUUAUUAAUGGGGGGUACAAAACUAGGUCAUUAUGUCGCAUUGUAGAAAAAGCUUGGUAAUACUCUAGAAGUCACAUAUAUUGUCGAAUCUUUAAGAAGCUUAGUUAGAACAUUUGUUCUAAAAAUAUCUCGGCUGAUUUCGAGAAUGGUAACGUUUCCUCGCCAAAAAAACGCAGUUCCACGACAGUAAAACCUUGUUAAACCUUGUUCCGGUUCGUUGCAAAACACGGCCGCCGAUAGACAUUUCCAUCACGGACUCUAGAUUACACGGAUAUGAAACGGGACCGUUACGCCAAAUAUCUUGUUGUGUCUAAGUCACGUGACCGUGUCGUAACUAUCGAUCUUCUAUCGAAGCGCCGAGGUUAUAAAUUUGAUGUACCCACUCACGUAUUUUGUUAAAUUAUAGUUUCAUUUCUAGGCCGAUUUUGACAAAUUAUAUAUCACUAAAAAGCUUACGUAACGUAGUUUUCAGAUAUAUAAAUAUAUAUUAAGUUUUUCUUCUGAUUUCGGCAGCCCGGCGAGUUAUAACUUUAACUUUUGCAAAUAACAUACCGUUUUGGAGUUUUAGAAUCUAGAUUUACGGUUGACAUGUUCGUACUUUAUACAUAAUUGUAGCGUUUAUAUUUGGAGAUCAGUUUUAAAAAUAACAUCUUGCUUAGGAGAAUAGAAUUCUGUAUACGAUAGAAAAAAAAAAUUGUUUAAAAACGAAAGUAAUUAAGGAAUGAAGGCGGGAAAAUGUAGCGCGCGUUCCUAACGCACUGAACUGAUGCUACGGUCUUGGCGAUUAUGCUUUUGUUUAGAUACCGGCCAUUGAAUUUCCUUUGCCAUGAUUAUUAUAUUUUUUAUGAAAUAUAUUGAAAUAUUUUGUUCUAGAGACAUAUCCAUAAAGCUAAGUAUUAAUGAAGCUUAAUAAAUUUACGAUUUCAUCUCUUGAUUAUAACACAGAAAGGGUGUUAAUUUUAUGAUGAAACAGCGUAUACAAAUGUAUAGCGGAC